AGUGGCUCAGUGGCCAUGGUGGCUAAACACUAAAUUCCCCUACCUCCCCAAAAGUUCUAUAUAAUCCUGCCUAACCCCUCCCACUUUCCUCACUCAUCUGCCUCCUCCCAUUUCCUCUCCCCUGGUUUUUUCAAGCCUUAUUCGUUUCCAAUCCAAAUGAAAAUGGCUUCUUCAUCUGGGUUUUUCAUGGCGGGUCUUCUUGCAAUGUUGGUAGCCUCUGCGCAUGCUUACGGCGGAGGCGGGUGGGUUAAUGCUCGCGCCACUUUCUACGGCGGCGGUGACGCUUCUGGCACAAUGGGUGGAGCUUGUGGUUACGGCAACCUCUACAGCCAGGGGUACGGAACCAAUACGGCCGCGCUGAGUACUGCUCUGUUCAACAAUGGGCUGGGGUGUGGAUCUUGCUACCAGAUUAGGUGUGUGAACGACCCCAAAUGGUGUCUGCCGGGCACCAUUGUGGUCACCGCCACCAAUUUCUGCCCGCCGAACAACGCCCUCCCCAACAAUGCCGGCGGCUGGUGCAACCCUCCCCAGCACCACUUCGACCUCUCUCAGCCUGUCUUCCAGCACAUUGCCCAAUACAAAGCCGGAGUUGUGCCUGUGUCCUACAGAAGGGUACCCUGCAGGAGAAGGGGAGGCAUCAGAUUCACAAUCAACGGACACUCCUACUUCAACCUGGUCCUUAUCACAAACGUUGGUGGUGCCGGUGAUGUGCACUCUGUUUCCGUCAAAGGGUCCAGAACUGGCUGGCAAGCAAUGUCCCGAAACUGGGGGCAAAACUGGCAAUCCAACAGCUACCUCAAUGGCCAAGCUCUCUCUUUCAAGGUCACAACCAGUGACGGCAGGACUGUUGUGUCCUACAAUGCUGCCCCUGCUGGGUGGUCCUUUGGGCAGACCUACAGCGGUGCCCAAUUCCGCUAGGGCACCCCCCACGCCACCUCCUAAUUUACCCUCCAUAUUUAGCCAUUUCCUAGGUCAUUAAAUAUAUACUGAAGUAUAAUUAAGAUUAGUGCGACUCUUAAGUAUACUACGAUAUUAGUUAGUAUUCUGAGUCACUGAGUCAUUCAGUCAAGGUCUUUGGCCUCUGCGGUCAAAAGUGAGUAGGGCUUAUUUUAUAAGGGCUCUCCCAUCAAGUUUUAAUUUUUGAAUUCUAUGUGUCUUAGGUGUAGGGUACCCUACUAUCUUUGGGACCCUAACUCCUUGGGUAUUGUUUCUUUUUUACUUCUGUGGUAUUUGUAAAACCAGAAGUUGGCUGAGGUGGUGGACUUUGACCACCCGCCAUUAGUGUUUUGAAAUAUUACUAGCAUUUUGGGCUUGUUGGGCAUUAUUGUAAUUCAGCUGAGGUUGAUGGUUAAUUCAGUAUUGUCCUUGGUUGUUAUGUUUGAAUGUUGUUGAAGGACUAAAUGUAAAUUUUCCUUUUUCUACUAAGUAAUGGAUUUGCCAAUUUACUAUUUA